AGUCGGAAUUCCAAGUCGGAAACUCUGGCAUCUUUCAAGAGCUCAGUCUUUCCGGCCUGAACAUCAUCGACGUCAUGAUUUGAGCUCUUAUUUUUCGAGUUCCCAGUUGUCUUGAAAGCUCCUUAAAAUAACCUUUACUGGAAAAUGUUAAUCUCUUUUCAUUGGUCGUUUUUUUUGUCUCCCAAGUUAAACAGCUAAAAUCUUAGGAAAGUACCAGUUUACAUAGAUAACGAUUUAAACAACAAUUAAGAAAUAUAUUCAGCUACCAGUAAACGACAGCAAGUUAGCUAGCUACGUAACAUUAGCAAGCAAGCCAGAUAGAAGCCAGAGGAUCUCAGCCAGACGUGGGACCAAGUAACGUUAACGUCGUUAGUCAGGCACACCCUAAAUCUGGGCACCCAUGACUGAAACGUAACGUUAGGCGAGAGUCAUGCAACAUGAAGUAGUUAGGACUUUUGUGAUCAUGAAAGACAUUCACUAGCAACAAGAACACGCGAAGCACUUUUUUCAGAACCUGGAUAUGACUUUCUCAUCAUCAUGCCAAAGACAUCCGUCCGCGAGAUAGCGUUUGCCAGCCAGUCUGCUAAAUUCAAUAGCUACACCUGGGCUAGCUAGCUAAUAAUUCGUUUUGUUGUGUGCUGUUGCACAUAUACUAUUGUUGUAAUAUGAAUGCACCGAUGUAUACAUUUGUCGCAAGAGACGAGAACAGCACUAUUUAUGCUGAAGUUUCCAAAAUUCUCGUCGCAACUGGACAAUGGAAGAGACUGAAAAGGGAUAAUCCCAGAUUCAAUUUGAUGUUGGGCGAACGGAACAGACUGCCAUUUGGACGGCUUGGUCAUGAGCCAGGACUGAUGCAACAGGUGAAUUAUUACAGAGGAGCAGACAAGUUGUGCCGCAAAGCAUCUUUAGUCAAGUUAAUCAAGACUAGCCCAGAGCUUCCAGACCCCAGCAACUGGUUGCCUGAAUCCUACAUCAUCUAUCCUACUAACCUCAAUACCCCCGUCGCUCCUGUAAAGAAUGGCAUCGGCCACCUGAAAAGUAACCCCAAGACAGAUGAAAGAGAAGUUUUCCUGGCCUCUUAUCACUCAAGGAAGGAAAGCGGAGAGGGAACAGUGUGGAUCGCCAAGUCAUCUGCUGGAGCAAAAGGUGCUGGAAUUUUGAUAUCCUACGAUGCAAAUCAAUUGCUGGAGUUCAUUGAUAAUCAAGGGCAGGUUCAUGUCAUUCAGAAGUACCUAGAAAGACCACUACUGCUGCAACCUGGCAACCGUAAAUUUGACAUCAGGAGCUGGGUGCUCGUGGACCAUCAGUACAACAUCUACCUUUACCGGGAGGGUGUGCUGCGGACGGCCUCGGAGCCCUACGACAGCUCCAACUUCCAGGACAUGACCAGCCACCUGACUAACCACUGCAUCCAGAAAGAGCACUCCCAGAACUACGGCCGCUACGAGGAGGGCAAUGAGAUGUUCUUCGACGAGUUCCGGCAGUACCUGCUGAGCACCCACAACAUAACACUGGAGACCAGCAUUUUACCUCAGAUCAAGCAGAUCAUAAGGAGCUGUUUGACAUGCAUUGAGCCAGCCAUCAGCACUAAGCACCUGUCCUAUCAGAGCUUCCAGCUCUUUGGCUUUGACUUCAUGGUGGACGAAAGCUUCAAGGUGUGGCUGAUCGAGAUCAAUGGAGCGCCGGCCUGCGCGCAGAAACUCUACCCGGAGCUAUGCCAAGGUAUCGUGGACGUAGCCAUCUCCAGUGUCUUCCCACUGAACAAUGAUUCCGAACCACGAUCAUCUUCCUCCUCCCCCGCUCCUUACUCCUCCUCCCCCUCCUUUUCCACUCUCAAUUCAUCCUGUUCCUCGCCGAAACUGAGAGGACCCCUCAACGUGGGCCCAUUCACCCGAUUGUAAGUCCCUCCUCUGCUUCAGAAGUUCCAACCUCUGCCCUCUGCUCCUCACUCCUACGCUUUUCCCGUGAUGUCCCACAGGCCAGGAAGCUUUGCCAUCUCAUUGGUUCUUGCAUGGCAAGUUUUGUCUCGAAUGGGAAUACCCUUGUGAUUGACUGAAGAUUGUGUGACUUUCUCGUAUGUGCUACCACAUUCUCCUCCCCAUAACCCCACAGUGGAAGCGCAUUUCAGAGGAAAGCCUGGACAGGCAUGCAGAAAAUGAAUGUGUGUAGACUUGGUGAAUGUUCGGAUGGUGAUGAGGAUUAAGAUAAAUUGGCGACAGACUGAUGACGGAUUUGGGGGUCCCAGAACAAGAAGCGAUUCCCUUAGACUGCGCCCCGAGACUGUAUGGACGACCUCUGAAGAUGGAGGGGACGCUUCACUUAUUCUACAGACUUUAGUGCCUUACAUCUCCACCCAUACCCCCUUAAAGAUGCAACCUGUCGAUUUAGCAUAGCGCCUCUGCUACUGUGUGUGUUAUGUGAGCCUGUGUAUUGUCGGUCAGGCAAGUGUGUAUGUCUGUGUGGUCUAGUCUUUUUUUUCUCUGGGUUUGGAGAUCUUUGGAUUUUAUCCACAAAAGUUAGCAUUAUCAGGGGGGGGGGGGGACGUUCCUACAUCUUGAUAUGAAUACCUGACAUUGAUUAUAGGCAUACUUCAUAUCAUGGUUAUUCACAAAGCCCCGGAGUGUUUUUUGUACUGUAUUUUAAAAGA